AGAAAAAGAGGGUGUGUGUGUGUGUGUGUGUGUGGGGGAUAGAGAAAGGGGGAGAGUGAGCGCGAGCAGCAGUGGAUUAGCAGUACCUGCGUAUUUAAGGUAGGAGAGAUCCAGCAGGGCUGUCAGUGUCUGAGGCAGAAGGGAGGAUGCAGCAGAUAUACAGGCAGAGUAAUGAGCACUUUGAGGUGUUCACCACUGUCUUCUCCCCGCAAGUGUGCAGAUCCAGAUGCAGACCCAGGCAUACACAAGUAGAAAAGAUGGUAGUAGCCGUCAACUACAGGCCCCACUGGCCAGAUGAGCUGGAACUCCGCCAUGGUGACGUCGUUUAUGUUCUGUUUAAAGACAAUGAGUUCUGGUGGUUCGGGCGCCGACAGAACGGACAGGAGGGAUACUUUCCCGCUACAUACGUGACCAAACAGAGAGAGAAAGAAGACACAAUGGAAGCUGCCCCAGGCUCAUUGAAUAGGGGUCCGGCCCAGCCCAUGUCUGCAGUCUUGGGGGUUUGUGCCAGCAGUCCCACCCUGAAGUCUCCCAAGAGCAGGAAGGACAGCGUGUCCCGGGCAUUGGGCCCGGAUCCCCCUGUACACCCCAGUGAUGGUUCCGCCCAUGGCUACAGCAGCCUCUUGAACCGAAUCCUGCCCAGGUCCCGCAGGAGGAGUGAAUGUGUCCUGGACCUCAACGGCAACAUCAACAGGGCGUUCGAGCCGGACUGAGCCAGCAGACCCCGGGCGGUGAAGGGUGGAGCUCAACAUCGCUCUGACUCACCCAGAGUACAUUCAAUACACAAAGUCCUUCUGACCUGCAUGCAGCAAACAACUUUACUGACAGUUUAUGCCUAACUAUUAGCAACACUGCAUAUGUCUAGCCACUAUAUAGUAUAGCCACAAAUGAUUAAGUAGGCUACAUUGAAAUUAUGCAUAAAAACAGUGUAUGCACUCACAAGAAACAAAUGUUCAAUGCCCUCUACUGCAGCUAAAUGUGUAGCACAACAGCUACAUUUGCAAUACAUUGCCAACAGUUUCCACCGUGUCUUUUGCCACAAUCUGAUUAUUGAAACCGGAGUCCUUAAUUCACCUUGCAAUGGUUUGGCAUAACAGGCCAAGCUGCUUUUCCAUGCUGAAAGUGAGCAAACUGGCACAUGAAGAACAAGGCCCUCACAACUUCCCAAAGUGCUGCAGCUAUUGAAUGCACUCCUGUUGUCAUUGUUGUCAGGUGACCUAACUGUUGGUGCCUGUGCUUUUAGGACUGUAAAAUUAUAUUUCUGGUAACAUGGUAAUUACUUUAAUAAAGGCUGCAAAAUCCAGGUCGUAUAGUAUCUUCUACACACAUCUUAAUGCUAUGCCAAUGCUGUUUGUUAUGCAGAAAGACAACAUGACCCUGUCAGCAUAAACACUAUCAAACUUUUAGCAAAAGCUCAUUUGCUAUUUAGAGUCAUUGGUUUUAUUGUAAUUUUAGGAUAAGAGUUUAAUUCUGUCUACUCCAGGCAAAAAGAUUUGUUUUUCUGAGCAAGUCAAGUAACAUGCAGCCUAAUUUUCUCGCUUACUCUCAACUGUUCUGUGUGAUUUGAUUGUAUUGCUGUAUGCAAUGUAUUGUAUAAACUUGUAUAAAAUAAACCCUUUUCCAUUUCAUGGACUACAAAA